ACAGCGCCACUUGCUGGGACAAGUUCCACAGGUUGGCGCCGUGUCUCCGCUGCCACAGAGGGCGACUACACAUUGGUUCCCCCCCCACCAGGUGGAGUCACGUGUCCCGCCUGACUGUUUAUCAGGGUAACUGCCUUCUCUGUCUGCAGAGGACAGCGAUCGCAGAGAGACUCAGCAUGGCACUGGGACCUGCGCACAUCGCGUGUUUGAUUAGUCUGAUCCCGCUUCUGCUGCUGGCACCAGGAUGCGCAGCGCGCUACACGGCGGACUGGGCCAGUCUGGACUCCAGACCUCUGCCCCAGUGGUACGACGACGCCAAGUUUGGGAUCUUCAUCCACUGGGGCGUCUUCUCGGUCCCCGGCUUCGGCCAGUUUUCUGAGUGGUUCUGGUGGUGGUGGGCGAGCGGGAGGCAAGCGGAAGUGGAUUUCAUGAAGAAGAACUACCCUCCAGGCUUUAAAUACGCGGAUUUCGCGCCCCAGUUUCGCGCAGAGUUCUACAACCCGGACGACUGGGCAGAUAUAUUCAAAGCUUCAGGAGCCAGGUACAUUGUUUUCACAACCAAGCACCAUGAAGGAUUCACAAACUGGCCCUCACCCGUCUCUUGGAACUGGAACUCGAUGGAUACGGGUCCUCACCGGGACCUGGUGGGAGAGCUGGCUGUAGCUGUCAGGAAGAGGUCACUGCGUUUGGGUCUCUACCACUCAAUGUUUGAAUUCUUCAAUCCCCACUACUUGUCGGACCGGGCCUCCGGAUUCAAGACUCAGAAUUUUGUUGCCCUCAAGACUCUCCCGGAGCUGCUGAACCUCGUGAUGUCGUACAAACCUGAUCUGAUCUGGUCUGAUGGGGACUGGGAGGCACCUGACACUUACUGGAACUCCACCCAGUUCCUGGCCUGGCUGUACAAUGACAGCCCAGUUAAGGAAGAGGUGAUUGUCAAUGACAGGUGGGGUAAAGGCUGCUACUGCAAACACGGUGGCUACUUCAACUGUGCUGACAGGUUCUCGCCAGGUGAAGUUCCAAACCACAAAUGGGAGAAAUGCCAGGACCUCGAUGCCUUCAUGUCUUGGGGCUACCGAAGAAACAUGAAGCUGACCGAUGUCAUGGACCUGCCGUCCGUCAUGAAGGACUUUGUGAGUGUGGUGGCAAUGGGUGGUAACUACCUGUUGAACGUUGGGGCAAAUUCAGAUGGCAUGAUUGUCCCAGUGUUUGAGGAGAGGCUGAGGCAAAUUGGUGCCUGGUUGGGGAUCAAUGGGGAGGCCAUCUAUGCUUCCAAGACCUGGAGGGUCCAGAAAGACAACACCACUGCCCCCGUCUGGUACACUGCCAAAAACAGUACAGUUUAUGCCAUACUCCUCGGCUGGCCGCCCAAGCAAUCGUUUCAACUCCCAUCACCGAAGACGUCUCCAGCCACAAAGGUCACACUUCUGGACUAUCCUAAAGUACCACUGAAGUGGGCCCCGAUGACACAGACGGCUGGACUGACAGUUCUGAUGCCUCCGAUGCCACCAUCUCCUGCCAACGCCUGGUGUUUGAAACUAGAGGGCGUAGCCUAGAGUCAGAGAGAUGGAGCAGGAUCGGGAACAAGUUGUUUUUUGGGCUAAGGGUCUGUUACACUUUACUUUCUGAAUGAAUGUAUGUAUAUGUGUGUAAUUGUAUAGUGAUGAUUUAACUCUCAGGGUGAAAUGGGAUUUGAAAUGCACAGCAGAAUGUAAAAAAGCCCUUUUUUACAUUCGGCGGCAUCUGAACACACGCUGCUCUCCAAACUCGGGUCAAACUGUAAAACUGAGCAGUGCUGAUAAAAUAAGGAUCAAUAUUCUGUUAUGGUAUUGCCUCUUCCUUACCUCAGAUGUUUUUAGAGCAAUAUUUUAGUGCACUUUUUUUAACUAUUACAUGAGAAAAUAUCUCAUGGGGCGGCCAUGUUGAGCAGAAGGAAUGUGACGUCAUUCUCUGUUCGGACUGUUCAUUAAUCCACUUUAUCUUCACACAGCAAAUAGAUGUUUGCUGCUAUAUGGCGCUAUGCAGUUCUGGAGAAGAAAGUCUGACUCAUAAUUUUGAUAUUUACAAUAUUGAGUUAAUAAUACACAAGCUGGGAAGGUGGCAGGGUUUCACAAAUAUAAUCAAAAGGAAACUGUAUGAAAAUGUCCUGUAAGUGUUGUCCUUGUGUUUGUUUCGUUUAAUUCAAUCAUGAAAAUGUGAGUUUGUUUAUUUAGUUUUGUCGUUGUCCUCUCUUGUUCAUUUGAACCGUGUUUCCUGGUAUACAAAGCCAAAGCUGAGACAAUAAAACAUGAUUUUGAAAAUGCUUAAACAUUUUAAAUAUUCAUGAGAGUGAACUGUGUUUUCUGUGUUUCUUCCUUUUCCAUAUCAUACACAAUUAUGAGUGACAACAGAACUUUUUUAUAGCAGCAGACAUGAGUUAGAAGGUACAGACGGGUGAUACUAAUUGUAGUAAUGUAGUUUUGGAGAACAAAUUCAAACUUUGUUUCCUAAUAUUUAAAAUCUUAACGAGGCAGCAAUAAAAAAAGCUUUCAGAGAUGUUAAAUUGUUCCAUACCUGAAUAAACAAGCUGUUCUCAGGGGAAAAUAUGUUCUAGAAAGGUGGCAGUGUGGCAAAAUGUAAACAGGGCACAACAGUAUGAAAUUGUGUCGUCCUUUAAAGUCAGUUUGUUUAUUCAGUCGAAAUCUUCUGAUUAAAAUGUCUUCAACAAAACUACAUCGUGCACCUUUAAUUAAGGCUGAAUAUCUAACCAGGACAGAACCUUUGUUAAAGUCUUUUCUAACACCAGUCUUUGUGUCUACCUUCUUUUUCCAAAAGUCCACAUGGCUGCCAUGGAAAAGUCACGUAUGUCUUAUUUAAAACAUAUACAGAACUUGCAGUAAGUGCCUGGUGUUAAACAUGAUGUGUCAGUGACGGAGGAACUGAGGUUGAAGAAGAAAUCGUGAAGCCAACUGAGGAGGGCGACAAUAAGCCUUUGGUAGUCCACAAAACCACAGAAGAAGAAAAAAGCUUUGUUUGUGACUUUGUUUUGCUGCUGGCAGAGAGCGAGUGUGUGCGGUGCCCCUGCCGGACCGAGCGGUGUCACAUGGGAAAGUCGCCGGACUUGAGUGACUUCGAGCGGGGGAUGAUAGUGGGAGCCCGGCGCGCCGGCUGCAGCAUCUCGGAAACAGUGAACCGGCUCGGCUUCUCCAAGACCAGCGUGUCUCGGGUGUACAGGGAGUGGUGUCAGGAGCACAAGACCUCCAGCCAGCGGGGCUCCUGCGGGAGGAAGCGCCUCGUCGAUGGCCGCGGGGAGAGGGUGAUGGAGAGCGUGGUGGAGGCGAACAACCGCGCCACGACCGAGCAGAUCCAGGCUCUGUACAACAGCAGCGGACACGACAAGCCCAUCUCGCUCAGGACCACCCGGCGGACCCUGAAGCGGCUCGGGUACAGCCACCGGGCUCAGCGGCGGGACUCGCUCGCCAUGGCCCGGCUGGAGGCUCUGGCUGUGUGCGCAUCCCGCCCAGAACAGCUGGAGACAGCAUCCGCAGAUGUUGUGGGCAGCGACCAGAGCGAGCCGGGCAGAAGAGUUCACACCUCCACGGACCGGGUCUGCAGGAAUGACCCGGGACCUUUGGGUGCAGAGACCGCGAAAGGCCGACCUCGUUCACAUGUGGCGUCCUAUUAAAAACAGAGUUUCCUUUGGGUGCAUUUCUUUAUGAACGGAACAAUGUGUAAAUAUGUCCAGACAGAAAUAACAAUAUAAUCAGAAUACUGUAAAAAAAAUAAAAUAAAAUAAAAAUACAAAUAAAGGCCUGGGGGGAUCUGAA